AUGGCCGCCCAGCGAAAAAGAAAAGAGAGUGGUGCUACUCGUCCUGUUAACAGUAGCAAAAAGACGAUAAUGUCUUCCUUCGCGAAGCCAUUCAAGUCACUACCCUAUUAUAUUAUUUCCCUCUUCAUAUGGGGUACUGUGGCCUCUCUGGUAUGUAUGCUACUACUGGCGAAAUCCUCUCGUGAAGAAUAUUCACACGAAACGAUAAACUACAAUUCCUCACAUUCUCUUAAUAACAGCUGUACUGUAGACUGUGCCACAACUUUUGGAACUAUACUCGGUAUUCAUAACGGUAUAUUUGCGUAUAGUAACUGCAAUAGCACCACAUGUAUAUCAAAUGAGUGGCAUGAGCUUGAAGACCCCCAAAUCUCUAUUGCGUUUAAAGGAAAUACCACAAUUGGAAACAGCACGGGAAUGAAAUGGCAAUGUGUGGAAUAUGCACGCCGGUAUUGGAUGCUGCGUGGCUCUCCUGUGCCUGCAACCUUCAGUGCUGUGGAAGGCGCUGCGGAUAUUUGGGAACUGCAGUCUGUGCAGCUGGUGAAUGGCGCUAAAACACCGUUGCUGAAGUACUCGAAUGGACUCUCAAUCAGUGCUGGUGGAUCGGCUCCACGUGUGGGCGAUUUGCUUAUAUACCCGCGGCAGAAGGGAGGAUUUGUGUACGGACACGUGGCAGUUAUUGUGGAUGUGUUGAGUGCCGCUGUUCUCGUGGCUGAGCAGAACUGGGACAACACCGUGUGGCCAGGCCCAUUUCACAAUUACUCUCGUUCCAUUCCUAUGCAGUAUGAUGCGAACAGCAAGGCAUAUACACUCAAGGAAUCCGAUGAUAUUAUUAUUCAAGGCUGGAUGCGGUACAGUAAGUAG